AUGAUUGGGGAUUUCAAUGAGCUCUUAUUUCAGUAUGAGAAGAGAGGUGGUAACCCCCAUCCAAAUAGGCUCUUACGGGGCUUUGGGGAGACUAUUGAAUACUGUGGCUUAGCUCAGUUGCCAAUGGAUGGAUAUCAGUUUACCUGGGAGAAGGGGAAGGGCACGUCUCGGUGGAUUGAAGAGAAGCUGGAUAAGGUGUUAACCACAAGUACCUGGUGUGAUAUUAAUACCAUGGUACGAGUGACCAAUAUUCUAACAAGGAAGUCUGAUCAUUCUGCUCUCUUUAUGGGCAUACACGACCCUAUGGGGAGGGCCAGACCACGCAGAAGGUUCCGUUUUGAGAUGACAUGGACUUAUGAUGAAGGGUGUAGAGCUGUGGUAGAAGAGGCAUGGGGCGAAGGGAGGGGUGGCGGCCUGCAGGAGUGUAUUGUGCACUGUGGCAGCCAACUAUCUCGAUGGGGUGGAGACCGAUAUCAUAAAUUCGGUGAGCGGAUUGAGCAGCUUCGUAAAGAACAGUUAUAUCUGAAAGGGUGUACGGAUCUGGACUCAUUGUCUGAGUUCCGGCGCCUGGAAGAAGAGUUGAGUCGAAUUGAGGCCUAG